ACAAAAUCAAUCCCCGCUCACACACACACACACACACACACAAUACGUACAUAUACGAAAUGCAACGAUAAGCUACACGCACAGCUAUAUCCUAACACUCGAGAAACCAGUUGUAAAAUGUGUGGAAGGACUGCGUGUACUCUCGCUCCUGACGAGGUGAGCCGAGCCUGCUCCUACAGAAACCGAGGAGGGCGGCGUAGACAGCCCCGCUGGAGGGAUGGAGAUGCGGAUAAAUACCGACCCUCUUACAACAAGAACCCCCAGUCCAUGAGUCCCGUCCUGCUGUCCCAGAGGCACUUUGAUAAGGAUGCUCCUGUGGACAAGCGUGUGCUGGCCUCCAUGCGUUGGGGUCUGGUACCUUCCUGGUUCAAGGAGGAUGACCCGAGCAAGAUGCGAUACAGCACCAGCAACUGCCGCAGUGAGAAUAUACUGGAGAAGAAAUCUUACAAGGACCCCCUGAAGAAAGGACAGCGCUGCGUCGUACUGGCUGAUGGUUUUUAUGAGUGGAAGAAGCAGGAGAAAGGCAAGCAGCCUUUCUUCAUAUACUUCCCUCAGACUCAGGGAUCCAGUCAGGAGAAAACAAACCUCAAUCAGGAUGAACCCACAACACCAGCUCGCAAGAAAAAGAAUUCAGAGACAGCGUGCCCUGCAGAGGAGGCCUCCUCUGACUUUAAGGAGAGAGGAGAAGCAGCAGGUGACUGGACUGGGUGGAAGUUGCUGACUAUGGCUGGUCUGUUUGACUGCUGGACACCUCCAGAUGGUGGAGAACCCCUUUACAGUUACAGUGUAAUCACUGUGAAUGCUUCCCCUAACCUGCAAAGCAUUCAUGAUAGGAUGCCAGCUAUUCUAGACGGAGAGGAAGAAGUGAGAAGAUGGCUUGAUUUUGGGCAAGUCAAGUCUUUGGACGCCUUGAAACUACUGAAGUCUAAAGACAUUUUGACUUUUCAUCCCGUCUCUUCAAUAGUAAACAACACACGCAACAACUCACCAGAGUGCCUUCAGCCAGUGGACCUUAACAGCAAAAAGGAGCCCAAACCCACAGCCAGCGGGAAGAUGAUGAUGAGCUGGCUGACGAGCAGUUCACCUUCGAAGAGGAAGGUGCCCAACACGUGUGAGAGAAAAGAAGAACGAGAAAGCAAGGUUCAGCGCAAGUCUACAGGAGCAAUGCAGCAGUGGAAUCAGGGAGCCAAUAAGAAACAAAGAGUCAAGUGAAGACGUGAACCGGGCUGGAAAACUCUGCAGUGUUAAGACCAUUUAGGCCUCAUUUAAUCCACUUUAAUACUUGGACAUGUAUAAGAAAGAUUUGUUAGUUUUUUUUGUAUUAGUAACUGUUUUAAAUAUAAUUUCAAAUUGUUACACAAAUACUAUUUAAUUGAAAAUCAAUAAAUGUGGAUGAAAUAAACACAGUACACUUUAUUCAAGAUUUUUAUUACCCUUAUUACUUGAAACGCAAAGACAUUUUGAAACAAUGUAGAUGCUAUGCAUUUAUCAUAUUAAUAAUAUAAUAAUGAUGAAUGCCAAUACUUCCCCCCCCACAUUUUUUUUUCUUCUUUUAAAGUUACAGUAUGUAUGCUAUCGUGUAAUCUAUAAUGCAUUUCAGAGUUUUAACAUAAUACGAACAGACAGUUAAAGAUCUGAUCGGUUAAAAGAG